AUGUCGAAGCCAGAGUGUAGUUGUAACUGCAAAUUUGCACACCACAUGGAACACCCAGAGCAUCAAGGUGAAUUUUGUCCAAGGUGUGUGAAAGAUGAAAAGUUGAUUGUUGCAGACUAUCAUUCUAAGUGUUGUGGAAAUGCUAUUCGUCUCUCUUUACUUGUAGAUUCAGAAAGCAAAGUAAUCGAUGCCAAAUAUCAAAUGUUUGGGUGCGCCAAGUUUGGAGUUUUGGCUGAUGUGUUAUGUGGACUUUGUAUAGGCAAGAAGAUGACCGAUUUACUUAUGAUUAAAAACUUGGACAUCGAGAAACAACUUCAAGAACCAAAAGUGCCCAAAGAGCCAAUUUUUUCGACCUCAUUCUUUUAUAGAACCAUUCAAAGAGCAAUUUCAAUUUACACAGGAAAAAAACUUUGUGAUAUUGAAAAUGAGGAUUUGGUGUGUUUAUGUGGUAAUAUACCACUCGCGACUAUUAAAACGGCAAUCAAAGAAAAAGAUUUAAAAACUGUUGAAGAAAUCACGAAAGAAACCAACGCCGGGUCUUUUUGUGGAUCAUGCCAACGAGCUGGAGCUGGUGAAUAUUCAAGAAAGUAUUAUUUAGAAGACAUUUUGAGAGAGACGAGAGCCGAAAUGGAAUGUACCAAAACAUGUGAAAAAACAUGCGAAAAAGCAACUUUUUAUCAGAAAGUAAUGAAAAUUAACGAAGUUUUCAAUGAGAAAAUUGGGUGCUGCAAAGAAAACAAAAUCAAUAUUUUUGAUAUAAAAGAAAGUGAAGGAGGUGUUGCUGUUUUGAUUCAAAUUGAAGGAAAGUGUUGUGGAUGCUGUGAAGAAAGUAUCAAGAAAAGAGAUGAAGUGCAAGCAAUUUUGCGAGAAGCAAUUUGCAAACAUAUCAUUGUCAUGGUAGUUCCAUGUUGCUGUGCCAAGUAA